AUGUCACAUCAAUACUUAAGCGAUUUUGAAUCCUUCGAUAACUGCAGCUUGAAUGCAGAAGAAAAUAACAAAACCAAAUAUCAGAAACUCAAUCUGUUUAAAAAUGAUUCCUUUUAAUUCGAUAUCGAUUUUGAAUAGAUAUCAACCAACAUUGUCAAUCAACCCUAUGUCCCCCAUUAAGAGGUGAAUAAAAAGGAAAACAGUUAAGCAGUCAACAAGAAGAUUAAGAAAUAAUCAAAAAAGGAAAGAAAUUUAAAGGAUUACAAGAAGAAUAUCUGCAGAAACAUUUUAAGACAUGCCAUUAAAUCAAUGAAUAAUGACCAGGAUUGCAUUACCUACCUAUCAGAACUAGUUGACAACAGCAAAUAAUUCAGUCUUUAUUAUAACAAAUAAUUGGAACAAAUUACUGGGUUUAGAGUACUUAGAGAUCAUUUAAUUGAAAUGAAGGAAGACAGCCAAAUUGUAAAGAAUAGAAAGUUGGCUUUUAAGUAUUACUUAUUAUGGUAUUUGAAUUCGAAAGCAACUGCAAUGAUUUUAAGAGGAGAGACUCAAAAUCCUCAAGAAUACCUACGAUAUAAGAAUGAAGUGCUAAUGUAUUAUAUACACCAGCCUCACGAAUGGAUGUCUAAUAACCCAGAGUGGUUGAAUGCAACCACAUAGGGAAAAGAAAAACAGUGCCAACUUAGUACAGGAGGUUCAUGUAUUUGAGAUGUCAUGGGAUGAUUGCGAAAUUAUAGCUGCGUGGUCUAACACCACAGAGAAUGAAGACAUUU